CGUUUCCCACAAAGCCACGUUACAACCGCAACCGACACAAAGCCGUGACAAAAGCCACGGGAGGGAAGUCUUAAAUUCAGUAACCACUCUAACAAAUCCUACUUACCAACUCUCUAAUCCUCUCCCCACUGCCCUCCACUCCAGUUGCCUAGUUGACUUGACUCAAAUCCGCAGCUAGCUUCCAAGAUGGGCUCCGUCUCUCUGAAGAUCGGCGACGGCACCGCCAGAUUCCGACGCGCCACCCUGUGCUCCUCCGCCGUCAACAUUCUGAUGCUCUUCUCCGUCCUCACCACGAACCUCUUCGCCCUCUACGCCUUCACCUCCUCCCCCUCCCCAAAAGACCAGCAGCAGGCCCAGCACCUCCUCCACCACACCCAGAAGAACAUGUCCCUCAUCUCCGAGCAGGUCUCCCUGAUCCUCCGCGAGAUCGACUCCUCCCAGAAGAAGCUCGCCCAGAUGGAGAAUGACCUCUUGGGCUACCAAACCAUCGAUCUUUCCCGCCCCAAUACGCCUAAUGAGCUCAAGAGAUUCCUCCAGCAUCACACCCUUCCUCUCGGCAAAGACUCGAGAACCGGGAUCACCGAGAUGGUGGCCUCCGUGGGACAUUCCUGCGAGAAAUCCGGGGAUUUGUUGUCCCAGUACAUGAACUACAAGGUCUCUGGGCCCUGCCCCGACGACUGGAGCCUGGCCCAGAGGCUGAUUCUUCGCGGAUGCGAGCCUCUGCCGAGGAGGAGGUGCUUUGCCAAGACCGUGCCCAAGGUUGGUUUAACUACUUUUCCGCUUUCGCUUUGGAAAAAUGUUAGUGCUAAGAGUGUUACUUGGAGCGGUCUAGGGUGUAAGAAUUUCGAGUGCUUGAGUAGUAAGAAAUUGAGUAGGGAGUGCGUUGGUUGCUUUGAUUUGAGUAAUGGGGGGGAUGAGAAACAGAGAUUUGUUAAGGCUAGGAGCAAGAACGAUUUCGUGAUUGAUGAUGUGCUGGCUUUGGGAGGUGGGGGAAUGAGAGUGGGGUUUGAUGUUGGAGGUGGCUCUGGUACAUUUGCUGCUACAAUGGCGGAGAGGAAUGUGACUGUGAUCACCAACACUUUGAACAUUGAUGCCCCGUAUAGCGAGUUCAUAGCUGCUAGAGGGCUGUUUCCGCUGUUUUUGAGCUUGGAUCAUAGAUUUCCUUUCUAUGAUAAUGUGUUUGAUUUGGUUCAUGCUGCGAGUGGAUUGGAUGUUGGUGGAAAACCGGACAAGUUUGAGUUCUUGAUGUUUGAUAUCGAUCGGAUCUUGAGGCCUGGAGGUUUGUUUUGGUUAGACAACUUUCAUUGUGCCAAUGAAGAGAGGAAAAAGGACUUAACCAGGUUAAUUGAGAGGUUUGGAUAUAAAAAGCUGAAAUGGGUUGUUGCAGUAGAUGCUGCAUCAGGGUCAAGCAAAUUCGAGGUUUACUUGUCCGCAGUUCUGCAAAAACCAGUAAGACUAUGAUGUUGAUCAGGUCCUUGUCACAAGAAACUGCAACCUGAUGCUCUUAACAUCAAUUGCUUGUUCCGCACAGAAAUACACUGCUUUUAACACGGUCGUGAAAUUCCUUCAAAAUCGCAAUAAGGGCAUCAAUUGCUUAUUUUCCCUACUGCAAACUGGUGGUAGAGGAUGAAAUCUAUUCUCUAAUUGAAAAGCUAUAUUAAUGCUUUGUUCUGUACUGGUGAUAGGGAUAUUUUGUUCUGUGGACAAUGAGUUGUUAGGACAAGAUAGAAUUAAUAUUUUGAUGCAUUUUUUGAAUCUAUUAAGGUAUUCAAUAUAUGUUGUAUUCUUUGGUUA